UCUGUCCCCGUUUUUCAUCACACGGAAGAUCUUCUUGAGGCCGCUCGUCGACUAAACUUCAUGGCUGGGACUCAGGAGUUAGACCGACUAUUGGAGGAAUUGCGCCUGACCAGUAUGAACAUGGCCUCAGGUCUUCCUCCAAUUGGAUCUCAACAUCAUUCGAUUUAUACCACCACACUUAAACAAAGACCACCGAUGGGUCCACGCCAGCUUAGCCAAAUUCAUCUGACAAUCGAUCCGGAAUGUGGAACGGCGGAAGCAACACAGGGUUCGUCAUCACUUGUGAACGGUCAAGGUCCAACCCGACGCGAGCAGCUACUGGAAUCGGAACUGAAUUCAGCGCGACAAGAACUGGCUCAACUGCGUCGUGCCAUUAGUUUGGUCGACGAGAGGCGAAAUGCAACGCGUCACGAAGAACUGACCAGUCGGUUGUCCCCGUCUCGUUUACCGCCAUCCCGUUCACCCGGCCCCAUACACCAACAAACUCAACAACAGCAACAAUUUCUAUCAACUUCUGCUUCUUCCUAUUACAGUCAGCAACAACAACAACAACAACAACAUGGUCACAGGUCCAGAAAGCCCAUCAUUAUCAACGUGGUGAUGAUUGGUGCAGAAUGUGCCAAUUGCAAUCGUGUGAGUAAAGUUUAUGAAAAUAAAAUAACGAGCGGUGGUGAAACCCAACCGAUGAACAGUUCUUUGCAAGAAACAAAACAAACCUCAAACUCCAGUUCUGUGCGAAGAAAACCGCUACGCUCUUUUGGUCACCGUCAAUCGGUCACAACCGAGAUCCCCGUUCGUGUUCAAUCAUUUACCGUGAACGGAUCGACCGGUGAUCACGUGACUACCGAGCAACAUGAUUCAAACAAAACCAAUCACACUGUGACUGGAACAUCCCUAUAUUCAGGAACCGGGGGUUGUAGCUCUCUCUACAAACGUCAAAACUGUCACGAACCGAAUUGUAAUUAUUGUUUGUCUCAGACCCCCGGUGUCAGUGGAACAAACUGUUGUGUACUGAAUGCAGAUAGUGGCUCAUCGAGCGAACGAGAAGAUCAAUAUCCGACUAUCCGGGUGAAGAGCCCUAGCAAACGGAAAUCCAAGUCCUACUGGGACCAGAAAAAAGUUAACGAGACGGAUAAUAUAAUCCGAAAAAACCGAGAGGAAAAAAUUCUCACAGCCAAGACCAACAACGGGGCUGGCCAUAUUAUACCAAUCAUUGUUGAAUCCAAAUCACCAAGACUGAAGGAAAUUGAGAUCACCCAAGUUCCAACAACGCCACUUCAGUCAGGCUACGCUUUCCAGCAACGUCAUCAUCAUCAUCACCAAGUGAUACCUGUACAAAUGCGUCCACCACAACAUCCUCAGGGACAUCGACAAAGACAUCAGCACUCACAAUAUGUACAGCACAGACGAGAACAAACAUACAGACACUUGCGUACAACUUCUGUAACCACAACCUGUUCCAGCACAGACACAGAGAAUACGCACCAGAUUCCUAUUUUCCGUGAUCAUGCAGAUUUGCCUUGGCCAAAACCGAGACAAAUCUCCGUUGAACACAUCCCAGUAACGUUAUCCGUUGAGCAUACACACGCAGACGACGGUAUCGAACAGGACGCAAUGCUUCGUACCAGCGGAAAUGUGGAUUACGCAGACACGCAUCAUAUUCGUCAACCUCGAUCCCGGGACAGUUCUGUGUCCGAUCCAGUGUCACGUCGAAGUACACCACGAAGCGAGCUGUUCACCCGAAUGGAGCCAUUAUUUCCACAAUAUGCUGAACUGCGCAGUAGUCAGAUAUUGUUUGCCCGAGAGGAACCUAUCUCUAGUGCGACAUCGAAAAAUACCUCGGCAAGCAAUGGGAAAGUAGGUCUUGAGGAAUCCGCGAAGCGAAAUCGAGGAUAUGAUAACAAAGAGACUGACAGUUCCAUCGGCGGCUUCAGCAACAGUACUAUUUCAAACAGACCUGGCAGGUCGGGGAUAGAGAAUGGUCAUCGGAGUAUGGUGAAUACGACCGGUACCAACGGCCUUUCAACCAAAGAUAAUGAUGACGGUCAUAGUCAACCUACGACUGCAUCAAAUUCUCGUAUGGCUUCCGAUGCUAAUGAAUCAGGAGUCCGGAACGGUGAAAGAAACAGCACGAUUACCACUAAGCCAGCUUAUCCAAUGCUGCGCUCUCGAGUCACACAGCCACUACAUUUACACACUGGAUCCGAUUUGUUAACCACAAUGGGUCCGAGCCCAGAUCGUCCUCAGCGAACUUCUACAAUUACAAAAACUAUAGACCGACGCUCCGGAUUGAAUUCGGAACAAGAGAACACACCGACUCCUCAUACACGAUCCUCACAUUCUCCGACAACUCCAGCUCAAUCUGGCGUCGAGAACGUACAAUUGAUGCGUGUGGAUGCGCAUCCAACUGUAUCCGUAUCGUAUUUACCACGUUCUGAAUCACGAUUACCCGGUGACCGUAAUUCGAUCGGUUCGAGUCCGCGUUCCAUGAGUCCCCGACCACCCAGUGCACCACGAUAUCCAUCCGGUACUGGCCUGUCAGCUGCUGCUGCUGCUGCUACUCUGAUCACUCCUGACGUUGAAUCCGACCUGGCCUACCGUCGUGUCACUUCGGUGUCCGGUGCGACUGGAAGGUCAAGUUACUCGGCCCAUCGAGAACGGCUACGACAGGAACGGGAACAGGAAUUGUUGAUGAGACAGCAACAGAGUCAACGGCAACGCCUAAUGGCCGCCUCGUCCACAGGAUUGCAUGAACAACACUCAUUGCAACAACAAUCAAGACAUCAACAACAAUAUCGAUCACUGUCUGCGGUUAAUCAAACCGGGGGUACGGAAGCUUUCGAGGAGAUUGAGACCAUUAUCCUGCAACCGAUUGGUCGUGGAGUUCAGGAUAUUGACUCACGCGUCGGAUCACUGACAACGUUAGCCCGAGCGCCUGGAGGAUCUCUGAUGGACGGUAAGCCAGAUUUAUCAACAUUCCGAAGAAAUAAUACAAUCUCGCGUUCGGAAAAUGUGAACCCGCAACUGUUUACUGAGGGUCGAGUUCGCAGCUCCAGCCCCUUAGGUGUGCCAAACGAAUCCGUCGACAAUCGCUCCUCACUAGUCACCCGCACGCUUCCCAGAAGCGUGGAACAUCCCCACGGACAUCUCACUCUCCUUCAACAGCAGCAGCAACAACAACAACAGCAACAAGUGCAUCAGGAACCACAUAUUAUUCAGCAACAUCAUUCUCAUCCGCAUUCCCAACCGCCCCACCUCCAACAUUCUCAUCAUCAUCAUCAUCAACAACAACAACAAUCGUAUCAUCCGAAAUCUUAUCGCGACGGACAUAUGCGAACAGACACACGCGUGUCCACACCCACAAUUCUGGUUGGUCCGGAUCCACACUCCGAUAUUCGUUUUACCACGGCAUCAAAACUGCCAACGUCUAGUCCACCAAUAGUUGCAAGACGUUCAAAAGGACUAAAUAGUCAGCCAGAUAUUAUAUCUCAUCACUCGACUCGACGAUACACUCCAAUUCCGUCCAUAGAAGAUGAUAGUGAAUUUGCCAUCCUGGGCACUGACGGAACACGACGACAUGUGGUCACGGCUGAUCCUAGUGAGGAACGUGCCACCCCCUCUCCGCCAAUUAUCAGCCCCAAUCCUUACGAUCAGCGUAACAGACGCGCGGAACAAAUCGUACGGCAGUCCGUGGAAGAGCUACAUCAACUACAAGUGGAAGUUCCAGAACCGGAAUCGUUCCGACAACCUCAAAUUCCGGUUAUGCGUCAGACACAUGAAAUUGUGACACAAAUUUCGCCGAGUCCAGCUACCAGACUGGACGCACAACCAGACGCGGGACUUCAUCGUAUGGACGACGGACAACGCACGGGUUUGACCCGACGCGGUUUCUCAUCAACACAAUUUCUACAUCGAAACACAUCGAACUCGGACAUCACCAAGCCAACCGUGCUAUCCCAUCAACAGGCUCAUCUUGGCUCUCAACCGCUUGGACCCUCUCGCUUCGGAACCUCGUCGACAGCACAACAGAUGAGUGCCAGUCGGAGUCAGCUGUCCACGACCAGUUCGACCAUUAUUGCCCCUGUUUCUGCUGCUGCCACAUCUGCCCUGAUGUCAAACGGAUGGAAAACAGAGCCCACAAAACGUGCAUUCACAGACGCGGUAGAUGGGGAUAGCAAUCUGUCCAUUGUACAAGAGACUGCACCAGCUUGGUACAGACCAACCCUAUCCCGAGAAGCAGCCAUUAGUAUUUUGCGUCAGCAGCCCCCGGGCAGCUUCCUCAUUCGUGACAGUACCACAUUCAAAGACGCGUUUGGUUUAGCAGUGAAAGUGGCCACUUUACCACCAAAGGUUACACCAAAAUCUGACGAUCUGCAAUCGGAACUCGUCAGACACUAUCUGAUCGAGGUGGUCAACGCUCCAAAUCGGGGCGUUCGUUUGAAGGGGUUUGCCAGUGAGCCUGUGUUUCCCAGUCUGGCCGCUCUGAUAAAUCAGCACACGAUCGAUCCACUUGCAUUGCCCUGUCGUCUAAUUCUACCCCCGAUCCCCGCCCACCUACCUACCGCGAGCACCGCCACCCUGCCACCAAUUGUGAUCGGGACGACCACACCACUGCUACAAACACCCAACACUCAGACUUUGGCCGACCUUGGUAAUCCGGCGGAUAACGCAACUGUGACCAGUGCAGGAAGUGUUAUCGGUGGUGGAGCUCCAUCUGACGCCGGAUCUGCCCAAGUGGACAAUCUCAGUACUAGCGGUGCUGUUGUGACUUCCGUUAGUCCAGUAACUCGUGCAGAUGGAGGUACGUCUACCCCAGCCAAUAACGAUGGUAUACCCACGGCAUCGUCACCGAACGUGCCAUUCGUUUGUGUACUACAUGAGAGUCCGACAGCAGUCGAAGGCCAGUUGAGUCAGGGUUUGACUUUUCGGUGUUUAAUGCUUGGUUCUGUGGAUACCCCUCAAUGGAACACAGAAAUGUGUUUUGCCCGAGCAGUUGAUCAACUGAUUCCACUCACACUGUUAACCGCUGCCGAUUGUGAUCGUGGCAUGAGUCGCGUGCGGUACACUGAGGUUCAGCUUCAUGUCAGCUCGCAUGAUGGAAUCACCAUAAUCGAUUUACAGCGGCGUUUGUUCCUGCGACGUCACCUACCCAAUCACGUGCUCAUGUACUGCGGUAUAGAGCCAAGGAAGAAAGAGAUUUUUGGCAUUGUGGUGCGCAAGGGGAUCAGCGAAUGCACCACUCACGUGUUCACGGAAUGUGAUCCCAUACACACGGCCGAUUCGAUUGUCCGACAUAUUCGAUCCACUUACCCCCAUAUGAAUGUACGGUAA